GCCACAGUGAAAUCUUCCUUUUCUUGUAAAAGUUAACUAAAGUUAGCUAUUAAAGUGCUGCCUGUAUUUAGGGAGGUUCUGAAAUGAAGAACAGCACAAGAUACCUGCACUGCCUCUGAAGUUUUCAAGGAUAUCUCUUUCCAUAAAAUCUUGGUGUGAUUUCUCAUGAAGAACUUCCUGGAAGACAUCUCAGGUUUUUAAGUGACUAAGGCCAGAGAGAAGCACACGCAAGUCACCAUCCUCACCUGACAUUUCAGGAGAAAUGGUUGAACCUCUGGGCAACCACUAUGUUGUAGCCAGACCUGUGUACUCAGAGCAUUUAUUCAAUGAAGAGCAUGAGAAAUUGCACAGAUACCAUAAAACCUUUUGGGAUCACCUGAAGCUAUAUUUUCGCUGCUCCCCGCAAAGGGUCAAAAAAGUUGCCUUGGGUUUGUUUCCCGUUGCCUCGUGGCUGCCAGCGUACCGCUUCAGGGAGUGGAUCCUGAGUGACAUCGUCUCCGGCAUUAACACAGGGCUUGUGGCUGUCCUGCAAGGUCUUGCCUUUGCUUUGCUGGUGAAUGUGCCCCCUGGUUAUGGACUCUAUGCAGCAUUUUUCCCUGUCCUGGUCUAUUUUAUCUUUGGCACAUCCAGACAUAUCUCAGUGGGUCCCUUCCCCGUCCUGAGCCUGAUGGUGGGAGGAGCCGUUGUCAGGCUGGUCCCUGAUGACAGUACUGGAAAUGGCACUUCCACGAAUAUCUCAGCAAUAAAUGAAGAGAGGGUGAUGGUGGCUGCAUCUGUAACCUUCCUUUCUGGGGUUUUUCAGUUGCUUCUGGGAAUUCUCCAGUUUGGGUUCAUUGUUAUUUAUCUAUCACAAUCAUUAAUCAGCGGUUUCACGACUGCUGCAGCUGUCCAUGUUGUGGUAUCUCAGCUGAAAUUCAUGCUUCAACUACCUGUCCCUGGAUAUAAUAAACCACUGGGCAUCAUCUACACUCUGGAGAGCAUUUUCUGCCAGAUCACAGACACAAACAUUGCUGACCUUGUCACAUCCCUUAUUGUCUUGUUUGUCGUGUUCGUGGUGAAAGAAAUGAAUGACCGAUACAAAGCAAAGUUACCAACUCCCAUCCCGAUUGAACUCCUUGUGACAGUCUUAGCAGCACUGAUUUCCUAUUUCAUUAACUUUGAAGAAAAAUAUAAUGUAGCUGUUGUUGGAAAACUAGAAGAAGGAUUUCAAGUGCCUGUUGCACCUGAUGUAGGUGUCCUCCAGAAGUGCAUUGGUGACAGCAUUUCUAUAGCAAUUGUUGGGUUUGCUGUAGCCUUCUCUGUGGCUAAAGUGUAUUCCAUCAAGUAUGACUACUCAUUAGAUGGCAACCAGGAACUAAUUGCUUUUGGGCUGGGUAACAUAGUUGGUGGAUCAUUCAAAGGUUUUGCUUCCAGCACUGCUCUGUCAAGAUCAGGUGUGCAGGAGAGCACAGGAGGCAAAACACAGAUUGCUGGUAUUAUCUCAGCUGCCAUUGUCUUGAUUGUGAUCUUGGCCAUUGGGUUUCUUCUGGCACCAUUACAGAAGUCAGUUCUUGCAUCUCUGGCUCUUGGCAACUUGAAAGGAAUGCUCAUGCAGUUCAAAGAAAUAGGCAUCCUAUGGAGAAAGGACAAGUAUGACUGUGUUAUAUGGGUGGUGACUUUCUUGGCUGCCAUUUUUCUUGGUCUGGAUAUUGGACUAGCAACCGCUGUGGCAUUCCAGCUGCUGACUGUGGUGAUCCGCUCCCAGAUCCCAAGCUGCACCGUUCUGGCUAAUGUUGGGAGAAGUAACAUCUACAGAAACAGGAAGGAUUACAAAGAUAUCUAUGAACCAGAGGGAGUGAAGAUUUUCAAAUGCGCAUCUCCUAUCUUCUUUGCUAACACUGAAUUCUUCAGAGAGAAACUCAUCACUGCUGUUGGCUUCAACCCACAGAGAAUCCUGAGGAAACGCAAUAAGGCUCUGAGGAAGGUCAGAAAGAUGCUGAAGAAAGGAGAGCUGCAAGUGACGCCUAAAGGCUUGAUUUGCAUGGCAAACCAUACACAUGAGUCAGAUGAAGAAUUAGACAACAACAAGAUAGAGGAGCUGGAUCAGCCCACCAACAUGACAGACUUGCCCAUUCAGAUCAACUGGGGCGCUGACCUACCCCCCAGCAUCACCGUGCCCCGGGUUGACAUCCACAGCAUCAUUCUGGACUUCUCAUCAGUGUCCUUCCUCGAUUUUUCUGCCAUGAGAGUCCUCCAGAAGACUUUGAGGGAAUUUGUCCGGAUCAACAUCGACAUUUACAUUGCAGCAGCACAUGAAGGCCUCCUGGAGAAACUGGAGAGAUGUGAGUUUUUUGAUGAGGAGAUUAAGCCAUCCAUGUUCUUCCUCACAAUUCACGAUGCACUUCUACACAUUUUGCUGAAGAAGGACAUAGACAGCUCCCCUAAAUUAAAGCUCCCUGAGGGGAAGGGUAACAGCAACAACUAUGUCAUCAUCCCCAGCAACGGACUGCGCAGCCGGGAGUGCAUGAUUCCAAUAGAAACAAAAUUUUAGCUUUUCUAAAUAUAAUAUCCUCCAGCAACACAACAUCACUUACAGAAGAUGAAUGCAGAUGCAGUGAUGAGCAUGAAGACAGAAGGAUACCUUUAAAUACCUUAAGAAUAAUUUACUACAUAUGGUUAUGUUCCAAGUUUUGGAAUGUGCUUGUUAGUCUUUAUGUGUUUCUGUAUAUAUAGAAAUGUAUUUAUGUACAUACAUGGAGGCUAAAAUCACCCAGAUAUUCCAUACCUUGUUGACAGCUUAGCACAGAGUUGAAGACGCAGGUAAUGUUAACCCUCUUUGCAUAUACUUGUAUAUAUAUUAUUCUGACAGUUUGUAGACAACCUGCACAGUUACUAGAGAAAAUAUAAAUAUUUGGAAUCUUGUAAUUUAUAACACAGACUAAUAGUUGGGAACAAUAUUUUAUCUUCAGCUUGUAUAUAACUUGUAUAUUUUUCUUGAUAGUUUGUAAGAUACCUAGUAGACCAAGUUAUUAAACUUGUUUUCAGCUCACUGCCAUGAGCACAGUGUACAUAGUGACUAAUGUAUCUCCUGUCAAACAUGAGGAUUGUUCAGGAAAGACACAGCAUUUUCAGAUCCAAACGUGAUUCACUGAUUUGGUUUGGGCUGGUAUAAAGCGCACAAGAGAGUAUACAUUUAUAGUGAACUAUUAAAUAAGGGUUUUGGCAAUCCUGCAUUGCUUGCUGCAUUUGUCAACACACCAUCAAGGAUGCUCAUAACCACUGAGACCUGGCACAUGUCCCCCAGGAACAGGAUGACCUGAGUAUGCUGGAAGGGUGGGCUAACAAGAACCUUAUGAAGUUCAACAAGGCCAAGUGUAAGGUCCUGCACCUGGUAGGGGCAAUCCCAAGCACAAAUACAGGCUGGAUGGAGAACAGAUUGAGAGCAGCUCUUAGGAGGACUUGGGGGUAUUGGUUGACAAGAAGCUCAACAUGGCCAAACAUAAGCUACAUCAAUAUUAGAAGAUGUUUUGUAAUUUUUGCAAUGGUGAGAUUCUGGAACAUUCCUUCCAGUUAGAAUUAGAGGAGAAAAAAAAACACGAUUACUUUUAAGAAGAGGCUUAACGUAUCUAUGAAAGUCAUGAUACCGCAUCCCAUCAGUGAAACCUGGGCUUUCUGACUGAAGGCUGUUCUUUCCAGUCCUGCACUCAAGUGCAUCUAUACAGACCGAGACAAACAUCCCUAGCAAAAGUAAGUCAGUCUGGUGGAACAACACAUACUGCAUUUCAAAACCACAUUGGAU